GGGAGAGAACACGUAAAUUCACAUGAACGAUGCCUUUCCCAAACUGAACGCAGCGCAACUCUUUACUAUCGUAACAGAACAAGAAACUCGAAGAACUUACAAGGCGAAAACACAUGUUUUGACCUAAGAAACAACGUGUACCAGUUCCUACCCCGCUAACGUUACCUCUUCAUCACUCUUGCCUGCUUUCAUCGCGACCACCGUCGAGCGCACCACCACAUACCGUACGAUGACUACAAGGACUCGCUCGCCAGGCUUCGGCGAUACUACAAGCAUCAACCUCAAUCGCUUGCUGUCUAGAUUAGACCGUUUGGUACUGAUCGACCCGUCACCACAGUUGCGCAAGUCCAACUACGAGCGCGCACGCGUGAGCGCGAACAUUGAACAUGCCCGUACCCUACUCCUCAGCCUGGAACACUCGGCCUCUACGAUACCCUCCAAGUCGAAGAAAGCCGAACUACAAAACGACCUACAACAGAAACGCGAACUCAUAAAGCAACUCAACCAGCGGAUUUACGAGCUUAAUCAGCUAGACGACACAGACUCAGACGGAUCGGUAGAUUCUGAUGAAGAAGACGCGGAUCAGUUUCCUUCAUAUGCACCGAGAGUAAAGACGGAAGCCGGACGCGAUGUGUCGACAUCUACAGAAGGCAACGAAGCGUUCCAGAAUGCAGCACAAGGCAUUGCAUCAGAACUGCGCCGAAGAGGCAAGCCGGACGCGAACGCAGCAGGGACACAAUCAGCAUCCGGCAAUUCUUUGUUUCCGUCCAAAUCUACCUCAAGUACAGCCGACCCUUCGCUCGCAAAAACAGAGGCGCUCCUCUCCCACGAACGCAACGAACAAGAAGAGCUCACGACGGACUUGCUAGAUAUGGCAAGACAAUUGAAAGAGCAAUCAAUACACUUUGGAAACACGCUCGAAGGGGAUAAAGGCGUAGUGGAUCGCGCACUUGCAGGGCUGGACAAGAACACGUUGAACAUGGAUGCUGCCAGCAGGAGAAUGGGUGCCCUGCGGAGGAUGACUGAGGGAAGGGGUUGGUGGGACAGGAUCAAGCUGUAUGGCAUGAUCGCUGGGCUGUGGGUGAUCGCCUUCCUGAUCGUCUUCGUUGGGCCGAAGAUUCGGUUCUAAGGCGACACUCGAUCUUGCCAAUCCACGUCGCAGCCAUCAGCCUUGAACAGUCGUAUUACGAAUUGCAGGGGUUGGAGAAUGUUGGCGGCAUCACAGCGCAAGCUCUACUUGAGUUUUCCAGCGGCAGACACAGCAUCGUACGAUAAUAAUACCCAGCCAAUUCAGUCCAUAUUCACACCGCUCUACAUGCAUUACAGCGCAUUGUUACCGUGUCAGUGGUUCAAUCUUGG